UUUCUCUUCGAACCCCCCCUCGCACAAAACUCAGCGCCGACCGGAGGUGCCACAGGCAGCCUUAAUUAGGGCACGCGGGUCGCCGUUCCUGCAGCGCGCGCCGGGUGCGAUGCACAAGAGGGAACGAGACGCGCGUCAGGCAGGACCAGGACGGGCGAGAAUGUGGGCGGAGAGAGACCGCACCGAGCAGGACGGGCAGCUAAGAAAGACGGGGGGCAAGAGAGGGCAGCACAGCGGCGCUCUGCGAGCCGUGCGGCGCGCUCAUCGAGGAGCACGACGAGGGCAGCUGCCGGCCUCUCGCCGGCACCCCCGCCUGCACCUCCGCCGGCGGAGAGAGCCGCUGCGCCGGCCCCCCCUUCCGCUGUGGCGACCUCUCGUCGGCGCCGCGGGCGCGCGAGAGGCCGCCUCCUGGAGAGCGCCGUCUCUGCUGGCGGAGGGGAUGGUGCCCCCUCCGACGUGGCGAGCUCUCGGCGCCGCGGCCGCGCGAGAGGCUGCCCCUGGAGAGCGCCGUCUCUGCGGAUCGUGCCCCCCCCCCGGGGCGGCGCAGGCGCGCCGGAGUCGCCAGCGAGAUACCUCGAGGCAAGGGGGCGGCGGCGGAGGCGAGCGGCACGGCGGCGCGAGGGGGAAGGUGGUAGGGGGGGGCGCG